UGACAGCAGCAUCAUUCAUAAGCGUUACUUUUUCUUUGUGAGGUGUUAUAUAUGGUGUAGUUUGUUGUUUCCAGUUAAACCAUGGCUGAUAAUCAGUACGCUCCUCUAACAGCCAAUAUUGUGCGUACAUUGACGGACAAGCUAUACGAGAAAAGAAAAGCAGCAGCGCUUGAUAUAGAGAAGUUAGUCAGAGAUCUCCAUGCUACCAAUCAACUUACUCAACUUGACAAACUGCUUACGGUUCUUCGUGAGCUUGCGAUGGCCAGCAAUGGACACACUAGAAAAGGCGGUUUGAUAGGCUUGGCUGCAGCCGCUAUUGCUCUGGGAAAGAAUGCGCCACCCUACACAGUUCAUUUGAUAGAACCUGUGCUGUCAUGUUUCAAUGAUCCAGAUUUGCGGGUGCGGUACUACGCUUGUGAGUCCCUAUACAACAUCGUCAAGAUCUGCAAAGUCGCUGUACUGAGUCAUUUCGACCAACUUUUUGAUGUAUUGUGGAAGCUAUCGGCUGACACUGAUCAAAAUGUGAGAAGUGGAGCGGAACUGUUAGAUCGACUACUUAUGGAUAUUGUGGUAUCAAAAGAAGACUUUGAUAUAGCUAACCUAAUGAGUCUUAUACGAGAUCGAAUCUAUGUUCAGACCAGUUCAAAUAGAAAGUUCAUUGUGCAGUGGUUGAAUGUGAUGCUGUCAACGCCUGCGUUUAGUAUUCUUCCAUAUGUGGCAGAGGUGUCCGAUGGCUUAUUCCGAAUGCUAGCUGAUAGUCAACCAGCUGUUAGGGACGUCACGGAAACUCUUCUGGGUCAAUUCUUACAAGGAAUACAUAAUAAUCCAAAUGCGCUUAGUCCCGAAGAUCGCUCUCAAAUGGUAAGCGUGCUGCUGGCCCAUGCUCAUGAAGACGAGCCACCUUUGGGUAGAAAAUUGGCAUUGAUAUGGAUGGACGAAUUUAUACGGAUAUACAAGGAAAAGAUGUUACCAUAUUUAUCAUCAUACCUGACUGCUAUCUUGCCGUCUCUGGACUGUGAUGCAUUGAAAGCUAGGAGUAUAAACGAUUAUCUACUGACGUUGAUAGAAGCCAACACUAAAGUGGAGGAGCAGACUAUCAACUGUGUCAUUGAAGUGCUACUGAAGUUCGUAAAUCAUGGGAAACGCGAGACUAGAAUAGCUGUACUCAACUGGAUACGGCAUUUAAAUGCGACUAUGCCCUCGCAGUUAUUCCUUCACAUGGACAGGAUAUUCCCGGUCUUGCUUGGUACACUUUCGGACACGUCCGAUGAGGUUCUUCUUCUCGACCUUCAUUUACUGUCCGACAUCUGUCAGUCCAAUGCAGAUCGAUAUGAUGUUGACCUGAAAAGCUUCCAUCUCAGCGAUAGUACAGUGAAAGAUCUCGCACCUGUUUCUCCCUCUCUUGUGAAGUUUGCAAUAAGCCUACUCGAAAUGUUUCGCGCAGAACCGGCUUUGCUCAAUGACAGGGGUGUACUGAUUAUCAGGCAGCUUUGUCUACUUAUGGAGCCUGCUCUAAUUUAUCGAGCACUAUGCGUUUUACUGCUCAGAGAGCAAAAUGUCACUUUUAUACAAGAUGUUGUAUCAAUGUUGCAUGGGGUAUUGUUGACUGCUACAGAACUAUUUAUCCUUCGCGAUCAGCUAAGAACUCUUGAAGGCAAGGACUCGAUCUCUUUAUUCGAAUGCGUGUUUCGUUGUUGGUGCUAUCGACCAAUUGCUUUGCUUGGCUUAUGCCUUUUGUCACAAAAUUAUGCACAAGCUGCUGAAAUUGCGCUGAUGUUGUCCCAGGUGGACAUGACAUUGGAUGUUCUUGUAGAAAUCGACAAAUUGGUCAAUAUGAUUGAAAGCCCUAUCCUUGCGUAUGUCAGAAUGGAUCUACUUUCUGCCUGUCAUCAGCGAUCGCUAUCGACGGUAUUGUCGGCUCUGUUGAUGCUCAUGCCGCAAUCUGAUGCAUUCCACACGUUACAUAAAAGGCUGCAAGCCGUACCAGCUCUUACAGUUGUAGGGAACGAAACACCACCUCCGAAACCUAAAGUUGACUUUGCCCCUCUUUUCGAAUGCCUAAGAAGUGCCUUAACUCGAAGGCAAACUGAGAUUCGACGGAAGCACCGCGAUGUUCUUCUUGCAUCAAUCCAAAAAAUGAAUAUGCGAUGAGUUUUGCAAUAGCACAAUGCUUUUGAAUUUACUUACUGCCUUUGAUGCUCAUCAUUUAGUUUAAAUUUUGUUGAAGUCUUUGUGAACUGUUCGGUUUUCCGUUUUUCUCUCAGAAUCGCAAUUCCUGUUCUCUGUGAUAUUCUCUGUGAUUAGGUGAAUGAUAUGUGUGAUAAAGUGUCUUAUAACAGCUCUGAGAUCGCUUAUUUCCAUUGUUAAGUUUCUUUCCAUUUUGAUACCCAAUAAAUUCAUAAUGGC